AUGAGCGCGGUGAACUCGCGGGAUCGGAACAACAACGGCACCCUGGACUCACACUGGCAGCACGGUCAGCACCCGGCCGACCCGAGACUCGUAGAGUCCAAUCUGUCUCGUCAAAGUCACGAGCAAACGGAUCGAGCGACCUCCAUCUCGGAGCUUCUUCCCCCUCCGCCGCCAUCGCCAACGCCGCUGCCACUGCCCUCGCCCACGCCGCCACUCGUGUCGACCCCCAGCGACGCCACUCCCAUCCCGUCGCCAGCAGCCGCGGAGCCCGAUCUUCCCUUCAAUCGUCCCACAGGCCUGUCCUUCGGCCGUCCCAUCGUCAUCGAGGGCCCCUACCGUCGCGUGUCCGACAUCCCUCCCCUGUCAGCCAACUACCAGCCCGACUGGGUCACGGCCACUCCACCCAGAGACUUCAACAUGAACCAAGAUUUCCGCGAAGAGCUCGCCCGUCUCGACGGUGUCAUCACUCCGGGCAUUGACAAUACGCCCUACAUCCAGUACGCCAUCGAGGCCCUCACCCGCGGCCCGAACACGCUCAGAGACUCGAACAGCCAUCCCCCCUCCUCCUCCUCCUCCUCCUCGAAUCCAGCAUCGCACUACCCCGGUGCCCAACAGCCCGCUCCGGCCAUCCAGCACCGGCAGCCCACUUCAGAGCCGCUGCCAUCACAUCCUCCGACCUCCCAUCCCCCCGAUCAGCCGGCGACAUCACCACAGGGUCAGGCGUUACGCCCUUCCGAUGAUCACGUUCACAACUCAGGGGCGUCUGCCCAGUCGCUCGCCGAGAGCUUGCUCAAGAAUGGCUCGCGUCCUGUGCUGCCGCACGAGUGGAAGUUUGUCGAGCGUGAGGACCUGCUCAAUCAUGCUCAUCAAUACCAGCUCCAGGCCUCUGGGAUCCCACCGCCGCUGACCUUCAGGCCAUGGCCGCUGCGCACGCCCGCGCUGCUCGCUUUCAUGACCUUGUGCGUUCUCAUGAUUGCUGCUCUCGUUUUCAGCGCCGUCUACUCCCACAAGAACCGGGGUCUUGUGACUUGGGUGGCCAUCCAUGGAGGACGCUACUUCGUGUUUCGGUUCUUGCCCCAACUUCUUGCCGGAGUCAUCUUGCUCUAUUCUCAGUUCCUUGUCACAACCAUGUUCCGCAUCCUGCCUUUUGUGCGACUGGCCUCUGAGAACCGGGACCAAAGGGAUGGCGCGCUUUUCCAGGAGCUGUAUCCAACUACAUUCCUUUGGCCUUGCCUGGUCGGGCCCUGGAACGUGUGGGUGGCGGUAAUUGUGACCUGGUUGAUGAACUUUACCGUUCCUCUGCAGAGCUCUCUCUUCACCGUUAUCCUGGUGGACGACGUUUGGACCUGGGCCACUGUUCAAGGCGUCGCGUGGACGCUUGUGGCCCUGUACCUCGCUCUUCUCGUCUCGACCGUCAUUGUUUGGAGAUACUGGGCCAGUGUCAAGCAAACCGGUCUUGUCUGGGACCCGCGCUCCCUCGCUGACAUCGCCGCUCUUGUUUCCGAAACCAACACAGCCGAUGACUACCGCGGAACUCAGCUCGCUCGCUCGCGGGAAGGCAUCCGCUUUGCUCUGCGCCGUCGCGCAAGUGACAGGUUGGGCUACUGGAGUUGGAAGGACGGCCGCCCUGGCGUCUGGUACACCCUCGGCAACCCGUUGGAUGACGGCAAUCUGUUUCCCGUUCUCAACCCAUCCGGUGGCCAGCGCAUGGAGCGGCAGUCUUCCGAGAAACAUACCGCUGGAGCUUCCCAGGCUGCCGAAGGUCUCCUCUCCGGUACCAGCAAGCAGCACCAUGAUCACGACCACGAAGAUCUCGAGGCCGCUCGUCCCAUCGGCACCCAAGCACGCACCCGCUACCUGCCAUGGUGUCUUCGCACCAAUCAGCUGUUGUGGUUUACUAUUACGGCGUUUGUCUUGGUCCUCGCAGUCUUCAUCGUUUCUUUCCUUCCCGCAACCCGCAUCGCCGACGGUUUCCUGCCCCUGCUCCGUGCCGACCCCAAGCCGGGCGCCUUCUCUGCUGCCGACUUCCUCUACUCUUUCCUCCCUGCCUUGCUCGGCAUGCUUGCCUUCCUAUUGUUCCAGCCUCUCGACAUGCACCUCCGCAUUCUCCAGCCCUGGGCUACACUAUCUUCGUCUGCUAAUGACGCUAGCAAUCCGACAUCUGGGGGAGGAGCCCCGGCGAGCGCGACCCUCCUGGCCGGUUAUCCCGCCUGCCUGCCCUUCGAAACGCCACUUCGCGCCCUGCUUAACGGGCAUUGGCGCUUAGCAUUCAUCUCGUUCCUUUCUCCGCUCUUCCUGCUCAUCCCUGUCCUCGCUGGUGGUUCCUUCAUGGCCCUGACCACGCGUCAGGGCCAAGUCCGCAUGUUCCCCAACAUGCCCGGGUAUUCCCUGCUGCUGGCCAUGUGCGUGCUGUACGUACUCGGUCUGGCUGCUCUCUUUCCUGGCAGAGACGCCAUGCGGAUGCCGCAUGGCGUGACUUGCUUGGGAGAGAUCGUGGGCUAUUUGGUUGGCGGCAUGGACAGCGAACAUAAGGAAGAGAAAUUGAUGCAGCAGCCGGGUAGAGAGGAUGAGGAAUCGCCCGCAGAGUUUUUCCGUGGCGUGUCCAGCAAGACGGAAUUGCUUCAUCGGCUGGGCGUGGUUGAGGGUAAGGCUGGCGAGGAGACUCGAUGGGUAUUUGCCUUCGGUGUCGGUGGAGAUCAGUUGGCCAUCUGGAGGAUUAAGAGUGUCUGA